CUGCGGCUGUAUCCUGUGGAAAUGAUUCCUGUGCUGAUGAUGAGUAUUGUAACGAAAGAACUGCCUGCCAGUGCAAUACAACUUUCUAUACAUACACAGGAAGCCGUCCAUCUCCAAAUCUUACUUGUACUGGAGAAACGUUUAAUAUACAAGUGUCAAAAUGUUGGUUGGAAGCAAACGGGUAUCAUACAUCCAAUAUAAGACUGAACAGCACCGACCCUGAGUGUUGGGCAGGAAGGGAGGUUGUGGGUGGAAUAUCGGAGAUGACCCUUCAUCGUCCAUUGGUAACCUCGGACUGUAACACUGAAGCUGCGGUAAAUUCAUCUCAUGUCACCUACAGUAAUCAGCUGUAUAUUUUUGCCAAGAUGUUUCCAACACAAAUAGUAAAUGAUUUUGUCAUGAAUAUUUCCUGCACCUUCCCGCUGCCUUUGAAUGUCAGUCUUAAUGUGACCGUCCACACCGUAGCGGGGCCCACAGAAAUAAACGGCCCUUCAGCCAAUGUCAGUUAUUCAAUCUACAUAAUAGACUAUCCAGAUGAAUUUGUGACCACUCUCUCACACUCCGACCCCCUGAAUGUGGAGGAUUCCAUUCGCAUUGCCGUGAAAAUGCCAGAUCUGGUUGCUAAUAACCUAAAUCUCAAAGUGGUGAAUAUUUAUGCCUCUCCCACCGAAUCAAGCUCCACCCAGUACAACCUUCUUCAGGACGGGUGCCCGGCUGGCAAUAUAUCUGCUGCCCAGCUAACAGUGGAAAGCAAUGGAGUCGGCAAUGAAGUUCGGUUUGCUACGAAAGUCUUUCAGAUCACCAAUUCCAACACCGCCCGUCUCUCAGCCAAAGUCGCACUCUGCGUUGGUGAUUGUAACUCGACCUGCAGCCCUUAAUCCAGAUCAGAUAAUAUCCAGAACUUUGCAGGAAGGGUCGGUCUCUUUUUGGAUGCCGGUUUCUCCAUGCCUUGGACUUUGUCUGCUCUGAUCUUCUCCUGGAUCUUGAUGAAACUGAUGUGAUCCCUCCGAGAACCGACCAUCCCGACACCAUGAGACUUUGUCAUAUCGUCGCCCCCAAUGCUCUCAGCAGAGAGAAGUUAUGAAGGAAUCUUGUAUCUAAUUCUUUUCCUGUGGAUGGUGUUGGCUGCAUCAUAUAUAACGCUUCCUAAGAUCACCUUCCCGCUGUGCCUCCCGAUUAUCUCUCUGUUAGGUAGAUUCAGUAAGAGUUAGGCCGGCUUAUCAGUAGAUAAGCCGACCUAACUCAGAAUCCAA